CUUAUAUAUAUAAAUAUUACCACUAAAGAGAAUAGGAACAUGUGUGUUGAACUUUCUUUACAAGGAUUCAGAGUGAGUACCGACUCAAAAAAAACUUAAAAGAGUUAGUGUUAGAGAAAAAAAAAUUAAAGAGUUGCACUCGAUCUCAUGAGUAGCUCCUAGUUAGCGACUCAGUAGCCUACUGAUUCUGAGUAUAUGUGAUUGUGACAAUCACUAAAUUAAACUAUGAAUGAUAAAGUGCUUUUUUUGGAGUGAAGUAGUUAGUAGAAGUAUUAUUAUAAUAAUUAUGGAUUGGAAGAGAAGACUAUAAAUUGAUUAUUGAUGUUUAGUGCCUUAAUUACAUAAUUCUUAAUGAGGUUCUUUAGAUUUCACACCCAAAAAAGUGAUGUCUAAUAAUAUAAAAAUUUCACAUUUCAGCCCCCAGUGGCCCCCAGUCCCUCUUAAAAUUUCAAAGGAAAAUAAUAGAUGGCGUAGGAAAGGUUUUUUGGUGUAUGGUACCACAUUUUCAAAAUUUCAUCCUCAUUUUCGUCCAGCAAAUUAUGAUAAUUUAUGGAUUAUACCAUAUUAAAAUAUUCUUGUUUAGAUACCUUCCUUCUAAGUUCAUUUUAAAACCCAAGUUAUCAAAUAUUUUGAUGUUAAUAUGGUAAUCCUUAAUGCCGUAAUGCAGUGUUUUGUUUGUCGUAAGUGGUGAGAUGUCGAUGAAGGAUGCUGUGAAAAGUUUUUUGAUAGAUGUGUUUCUGAGAUUGUGUAUGGGGUAAGAAACGCAUUUUGGGCCAUGGGAAAUGCCUGGAUCCAAAUAUCCUUAUCCCAGGAAAGUUCUUAGGAUAUGAAAAGGUUUAAUGAGAUAGCUGGUGUUUGUGUUCCAUUGAGCAUUCACAAGUCAUAACUGACUUACACAUCAGUCAGAAGAUGGACACACCAUGGUGCAGCCCUGCACUGAGACUUAAAUAUUUAAUAAGUAUUAGCCACUUCCACAUUUAAAUAUUGGGGGAGCGACGUUGCAAUGAUGCAGGGUUGUCGGAUAAGCAUAAUGAAAUCUGGACAAAACCUACCUAAAUGAGAAUUUGCACAAAUAUACAUAAAUAUAUAAUGCUUUAUGAGAUUUAAUAUGAAGGUCACAUUCCUUUUUUUUCUUCAGAAAUGUUUCAUUGAAAGAUCCCUUACAUGUACCUAUAAUUAGGGUCGAUGAAAAAACAAAACAGAUUGAUGGAAACGUAGGUCAAUAUGUCUUCCAAAGGGAAAGGGAAUGCAAUUAUAUAUCAAUAGCACUUAUUCAUUAAAAUUAAUAGCAUUUGACACUGGCAUAAAAGUAUUAACAAUCAGAAUUACUGCCCAUUUCUGAUAAAAUUUGCGUAGGAGUCUCAAUUAGUUAACCGAAGUACUUCUGUGUUUGAGUAAAUAGAAACAAUCUCUUCAAAAUUAAUAAAUGGCAAGAUAAAAAGUAAAAGCUUAGCCAGUCAAUCACUCUCUGAACUGAGUGCACUGUACAAUCUGAAGUUUCCAUAAAAAUCUUUUUGCUGGGAUGUAAAUUUAGGCAAUUUGGACUAAUUUCAGAUGCUUUCGGCUACUUAAAUAACAACCUUUUAGGCCUAAGAAAUUAUACUAAGGCCAACAAAAAUAAAACUAAAAAAUCAUAGGUCUAUUUUAUACUCAUUUAAUUUAGUUAAGGGUGUAAUUUGUAAGCCUUGGUGUGGCUAUUAAUAGGUAUCUUGGAAUUGAUUUGAUGAAAAGAUGGAUUUCAAAUUAAAAAAAAGCUUUAAUAUCUGCCUACCAGCUUUUAAUGCAUUAAUCAUUUACAGUUUCAAAUCUUGAUUUAGAAAUAACCAAUAUUUAAUAAAAGACAUUUUAUUGGUUGUGGGAGAAGAGAGAAAUUCAGACAGGAAAAAAUUUGUUAUAAAAUAACUACAAAGUUUAGAUAUCAGAUGACAUGAUAAGGGGUCAUUCGCAAAUUAUGUCAUGCUCAUAGGGUGGGGGGGGGGUCGAGAAUUUUUGACAGAGGGGGGGGUAAAAAAUGUGUGGUCUCAUGUUGUUUUUUUUUUCAAAUCUAAAAUUUUCUAAUUUUGAAAAAACUUUAUUUAAUUAAUUUUAAAAACAUUAAUUUGAGGUCGAUAUUGCCUCAGGUAUUAUAGGUACUAUGAAAUUCAGUGGCUCACACCUUUUGCGCAUAUCGAAAAAUGAUGCAAAAACUGUUGUGGCCAAUUUACAUUCGGCUUGUGGAUGUCUUCGUUGUUUGGCAUCACAGUUUUCUAAUAAUAUUACAUUUUAAUCCAUUAAUGGAAAAUGUUGAAGAAUAAAAUAAUAUCUUAGUUUAGUUUUGAAAAUUUUAUGUAUGUUUUGAUUUAUUUAGACGGGGGGGGGGGUUGUAAAGAAUUUGUGACACUUCGUUACAGGGGGGAGUGGGGUCNACGGGGGGGGGGUGUCUAAGAAGGUAAUUUUUAGCAUGACGUAAUUUACAAAAGACCCCUAAUACUUAAUCAGAUAUUUUUUUUUCUUUGGGGUUAUGCUGGCAUUAGUCUUAGUUGAUGUUAACAGCAAUUAAUAGUUCUUGGAACUGUGGAAACGUUUCUGUAUCUUCCUCCUGUGGGAGACUGUAAAAAUAUUUGCAAAACCCUGAAGAAAAGUAUUACGAUCGUUAAGAAAGCUUAAUAUAUCUGCCACACAUACAAACUUAGCCUGGUCAUCCACAAAGACUCUACUAUGGCUGAGUUUUGAUCUCAUAAAGACUGCUUUCAUUUACCUUUUCCCUAUGUGCCCCCAGUUAGGAAAGGACUUCUCCCCCUUCUUAAUAGAAUACACAACAGUGGCAAUCCAAUAAAGAUUUACACACACUCCCUAUAUUUGUCACUUCAUCAGUGGUUCGAAUCCUUUUGACUCAGGAGCACUGUUUAGAAUCAAUUUCUAUAGAAGAACCUUUAAAUCUACCCUAUGUAUUAUAAGUUAAUGGUGUUUAAGAAUAAUGUUACAAGGUUAGAGGGUAAACAAAAAUAACAUGGCACAAAAUCACAAAAUAAUGAUUUAAAUUUUAUUUUAAAUUUUUUUAAAGCAGCUUCCGUACAUUGUUUUUGUAGCUUUGAGGGGAGAGAAGAGAUAUCUUGCUUCAAAGAGAUUUGGAUUUGAGAAAGGCAGAAAUAUUAAUUUUGCUUUUUCUGAGACAAUCUAUUGAAUUCGUAUUUUAAGAGGCUGUGAUUUUGUAUAGGUUUAUUAUUUUAAUGACGUCAUUACAACACUUUCAUAAGCUCAGGUGGCACUUUUAUCGACGCUAGUGCCUGUCUAUUAAAAAGCUGAUAGUACUACAUGUCUUCGCAUUUUCUUUAAUUUUGACAAUCGCUCCAGGAAUGUUUUUGCAUCAUUGCCUUUGCACAAUUAGUACAUAUACCUGCACAGUUUCCUCAUGAUAUUUCAUUCGAUUGAUCCAAGAAAUUAUAUUUUUCACUCCCUAUUUUGUUGUUGGGUAGAGGUUUGUUAAGAAGGUCCUCCUGACAGCUUUUUAAAUAUAACCAAGAAGUACCAUUAAAAUCACCAAGCUAGCGAUGUGAGUCGUUUCAUCCAUUGAUUGUGCAAAUUCAGUAAUCUGAUUCUAACUACAAAACAUGUGAUGAAGUAGUCAAAUCUGCGGCUGUAGUGGUGGACGGUACAAGCUCCUCCUUUGUCGAUGUGAAGUCAGGGGUCCCCCAGGGAUCAGUGCUGGGCCCCUGUUUGUUCCUAGCAUACUUUAAUGACCUACCCGAGAAACUGACAUCACAAGCAAGACUGUUCGCAGAUGACACAGCGGUGUAUAGGACGAUCGCCAACAGAUCUGACCAGGACCAGCCACAACAGGAUUUCAAUUUGUUAGCUGAGUGGGAGAUGAGCUGGGACAUGGAAUUUCACCCUGCCAAGUGCCAGACACUAUCAGUCUCUUGAAGUUGUACUCCUCUACACUACCAAUACGAACUGCACGGCCAUAUACUUGAGCCAGUUUCCUACGUAAAGUACCUGGGUGUCACCAUUCAAAGAGAGGUCCGCUGGGACGAGCAUAUUAACAAUGUAUGCAACCAAGCAAACAAGACCCUAGGGUUCUUAAGGCGAAAUCUAAAGAUUGGCAACUCCUGUGUAAAAGAAAGAGCAUAUAAAGCCUUUGUCAGUCCAGUUUUAGAUUAUGCAUCUUCAGUCUGGGACCCAUUUACACAGCAGAGCGUUGACAGAUUGGAGGCCGUCCAGCGAUGAGCAGCACACUUUGUCCUAAACCGCUACAGGAAUACCUCUAGUGUUGGCAGCAUGCUGGAAACACUAGGCUGGUCACCAUUGGAGGAACGACGACGACAAUCCAGGCUCUCCAUGAUGUACAAGAUAAAUAAUGGGCUGGUCCACUGUUCCAGUAUUAAACAGAAACUCGUCCCUCUCCCCAAUAGACAGUGACGAGGCCAUGACAGGCAAUUCAGGCUCAUACCAGCAAGAAUCCAGUAUAGGAGCUGCUCAUUCCUGCCCAAGACAAUCAGGGACUGGAACAAUCUUUCAAAAGGAACGGUUGAAGCGACAACACUAGACACAUUUGUGUCUUUGCCUCAAGCCUUCAAACCCCUAGUGCAUGAUUCCCUCACAAAGUGGCACUAGAAAUCAGUGAAAUUUCCUCAUCAACACCAGGAACAGAAACAUUGCAAAUCCCAUCUACAUGCAUAGGAGCCAAAAUGAUCAAUAAAUUGAUCGUGGGCCCUUAAGAUUUAGAAGAAGAAGAUAAAUUGUGGAAAAGUCACUAAAAAAUCACAAUGUUAUCGCUAUGACAAUGCUCUUUUGAACUGACUCCAAAUUUACUAGCCAGCCUCAAAAUAUUUGGGGCAAAGUUUUGAGAAGCUUCAAGUGGAUUCGAGAAUGCUUAUAAAGCUUCUUGAAUGUUCAAUUCCAAAAAUUCACUGGGGCAUACUUUCAACUUGGCAAAUUUUUAUUUAGGAUGUAAUUUUCAGUUCUUAUUUUGAUACUGCUUCUUGUUUCUUACAUUGUAAUUAUUCAUUCAAUUUUAUUUAUUUUAUUUCUUGGAGUGGCCAUGGAGCGCUGUUUGGGAACCACUAGUCUAGAUGAUCCAAGCAUAAUUUUUUAGCUGACCACUGUCAUGUCAAUUUUAAAUAUUUUUUUUUUUUUUUUUUUUACAGAUUGUUGGUUCUCAGUACAAUGAAGUCAACCAACAGUUGUUCUCUCAAUAUUACGAAACUAUUUAUGGUCUGCUGGACAGCCAAAGUGUGGAAUAUCGAAGCACAUUCUUUGAAACCUUAUCCAAUAAACUAUUGAACCUGCGGCGACACAGUGAUGAAGAUACUUCAGAUGAUCAAAUGGAUACUAAAUGACUGUGGUGAAUGAUAGUCUGUUGUUAUUUCUUUGCUACUCUUCAAAAGUAGUUAAGGUUGUGAUAAAAGUAGGAGAUGUCAGUGAGCAUGGGCUAAACUUUGUGGUGUAAUUUAAUUCUGUUUAGUACUUUUGAAAUUUCAGUUUUUCAUUUAUAAUCAGUUUAUGGGGG